AUGGGCGGAUCGAUAAUGGGAGGCCACUCCUAUAAAAGAGUAGGCCAACGGUCGGUGUGUGUCAUUCGCCUGCUUCGCCUUCCCGAUUGCUGUGGUCGUGAAGUGUGGUUCGUCGUCAUUCAAAGGAGGAUUCGAACCGCCGAUCAGAGGUGUUCUCUGACUAUAUCUGUCCUACGUAUUAUUGUGCCACGUAGGAGAAUAAGGUGA